GAAAUAUAAGGAGAUGAUGUUGAGGAGCAUUUACGUAAUUAGAAAACGACUGAGAGCUGCCGCGGCAUGAUUAUGGCUCUGCCCGCGCCGCCGCCGAGCUUGAGCAAGAUGAGGUCUGUCUCUGUGGAUCUAAAUACUGACACAUCACUACAGAUUGACAUCCCUGAUGCCCUCAGUGAGAAAGAUAAAGUGAAAUUUACGGUCCAUACAAAGACUACACUGCCAGCUUUUCAAGGCACAGAGUUUUCAGUUACAAGGCAUCAUGAAGAUUUUGAAUGGCUUCAUGAUACGUUAAUUGAAACAGAAGACUAUGCAGGAUUAAUUAUUCCCCCAGCACCUGCAAAGCCUGACUUCGAUGGCCCUAGAAUGAAGAUGCAUAAGCUUGGGGAAGGAGAAAUGUCUAUGACAAAAGAGGAAUUUACCAAAAUGAAACAAGAGCUGGAAGCGGAAUACCUUGCUAUCUUUAAGAAAACUGUAUCUUCACAUGAAGACUUCCUGCAGCGAAUUUCUGCCCAUCCCAUUCUUAGCAAGGAUCAUAAUUUCCAUAUCUUCCUUGAAUAUGCUCAUGACCUAAGUGUUAGGAAGAAAAAUACAAAGGAAAUGCUGGGUGGAUUCUUCAGAACGGUGGUAAAAAGUGCCGAUGAAGUCUUGUUCUCUGGUGUUAAGGAAGUUGAUGAUUUCUUUGAACAAGAGAAGAUCUUUCUUGUAAAUUAUUACAACAGAAUAAAGGAAGCAUGUGGGAAGGCAGAUAAAAUGACAAGAUCUCACAAAAAUAUUGCAGAUGACUAUAUUCAUAUUUCAACUUCCUUAAAUAACCUAGCUUUAGCAGAAUCGAUUGUAAUUAAAAAGUACUUGAUGAAAAUUUCUGAGCUGUUUGGGAAACUCAGGAAAGUAGAAAAUCGUGUUUCUUCUGAUGAAGAUUUAAAAUUACUGGAGUUACUAAGAUAUUAUAUGCUUAAUAUAGAAGCAGCAAAGGAUCUUUUGCACAGACGUACACGGGCCCUUGUAGACUACGAAAAUUCAAAUAAAGCUCUUGAUAAAGCUAGGUUGAAAAGUAAAGAUGUCAGGUUGGCAGAAGUGUAUCAGGAAGAAUGCUGUCAAAAAUUUGAAAAACUUUCUGAAUCUGCAAAACAAGAACUAAACAACUUCAAAGAGAAGCGAAUAGCAGCAUUUCGUAAAAAUCUCAUUGAAAUGACCGAACUUGAAAUCAAGCAUGCAAAGAACAAUAUUUAUCUUGUGCAAAGCUGCAUUGACUUGUUAAAGAACAACUGAAGGCAUCUUAAUCUGACCAGUUCUAGGUGGUAGAGGGAAAGAUACUUCUUUAAUGCACUCAACAGCCAUAAUGACCUCUAACUUGGAGGAUUUUUUUAACUUGUUUGCUUAAACAUCUAACCAGGCUGUCAAUAACAAUAUAAAUAUCAAUAUAAAUAUUGCAUUGAAUAUAAUUUUGCUUGAAUUGUGACUUACACUGUGUGAAUUUCUUAAGCUGAGCGAACAGUGUGUCUGUGGUUAAUUGAUAAACUGUUACGGCAUUGGAAAGGAGUGAGUGUAAUGGAAAGUUUGAAAAUUACUUUGUCUUGGUGUCUAUAUACUAUGGCCUAAAUAUUUGAAGCCAUGUGUGCAAAUAAUCUCAGUAAAUGGUUUUGCUGUUUCAUAUAAAAAUACUUCAACAUUCCAUUUCAUAGUUUCACACUUCGGUGUAUUUUGGAUUCAGUAUGUAUCUUCCUGGAUAAUAUAAAAUAAAGGUUGGAUUAAUAAAUCAUUAAAUAAAAUAAAUUAUUGGCUUGUUCUUGAA